CGAGAUGGCGGUAGCGGUAGCGGUAGCGACGAUAGAUUCCUCUGCUGUCAAACAGCCCGGUGAUGUGGAUAAAGAAGUCAAGAGGCUCUGGAUCACGAAAUUGAGCCUACGCUGCCUCGCGACGGUUUUCUGUCUCAUCGUCAUCGGGUGCUGUGCUGGGACUGUCUUUGGGAAUCCUAUGUUGAUAGGCCGGCGACGCGUUGAUAUAGAAUAUCGCCGAAGGAAUCACGUUGUUUGUCCGCCGGCGCAAAUACAAGGGAAUCCACCCCGGUGCCUGCGUCGGCGUCGACUUAGUCCUCUGGCUUGCGCUGGGGGGGAUGUCGGGGUAUGAGGCGGCUAUAUUGUUCGAUGUAGGGAAUUAUAUCUCUGACUCGCUCAAUUCGCUCUAUAUCAUUGCUGUGGUCGUUGGGUUGGUCAUAACAGCCUUACUUAUCGCCCUCUUCAUCAUAGCUUGCAUCGAGACGCACCGCCAGCGGAAGACAAAUGUGCCACAUGCUCCCGCCCCUUUCAACACCUACCAGCAGCAGCCUGGCGCAUACAACCCUCACCAAGCCCCUUUCUCCAACCCCCUUUCUUCAAUCCAAACCAGCAACCCGGCCCCUCCAACCCAAACGCGCCCUUCAACCAGAACCAACAACCCGGCGCGUUCAACUCAAACCAACCUCCUCCAACCCCAAUGCGCCCUUCAACCCAAACUAGCAGCCAACCCCCCCCCCCCCCCCCCGGGGCGCUUUUCAUACCUAACCAACAACAUUGACAACAAACAAACUCCCAUCCCACAACCUUCCCCCCUACCUCCCCCUUCCCGGCCCAUUACGCUCAGCCACAAACACAAACACCCUCUCCCCAAUCCACCACCACUCAGCCGCAGCCUCAGCACCAGCCAUUCGGACAAGCCACCGUGGCACCUCCUCAAUGGCUCGGGACUUCGACGCCACAGGGGCAGUAUGACAUGUCUAGUUCUCCAGCGCCUCAUCCAGCAGGAGUCUUCAACGGCGGGCCCCCUCAUGCAACAGCGGGGUUCAACACCGUGCAGCAGCAGUCAGCAUGAGUUAUCAGGAGGAACCCCGGCGCCGGGGUUCACGCAGGUUGCUCCGCAGCAGAUGUCACAGUAUGCGACUCCAGCGCGGAGUCUACCACCAAUGUAUGAGAUGUACGUGCGCCCUACUGGUGGGGAGGGGGGUGUGAAUCCGCACGAGAUGAGGUAG